CUAACUGGUAACUCCUUGCUUGCAGGAAGAGAUGUCGGGAGAAAGUGUGGUGAGCACAGCAGUGCCGGCGGCUGCGACUCGCACUACCUCCUUCAAAGGGACUAGUCCGAGCUCCAAAUACGUCAAGCUGAACAUCGGCGGUGCCCUCUACUACACCACCAUGCAGACCCUGACCAAGCAGGACACCAUGCUCAAGGCCAUGUUCAGUGGCCGAAUGGAAGUCCUCACGGACAGCGAAGGCUGGAUCCUGAUCGACCGCUGUGGAAAACACUUUGGGACAAUACUGAACUACCUGCGCGACGGGGCUGUGCCGCUCCCUGAGAGCCGCAGGGAGAUAGAAGAGCUGCUGGCUGAAGCAAAGUACUACCUGGUCCAGGGGCUGGUGGACGAGUGCCAAGCAGCCUUGCAGCAGAACAAAGAUGCAUACGAACCAUUCUGCAAGGUACCAGUCAUCACAUCUUCCAAAGAAGAGCAAAAACUCAUAGCCACUUCUAACAAGCCAGCAGUGAAGUUGCUAUAUAACAGAAGCAACAACAAAUACUCCUACACCAGCAACUCCGACGACAACAUGCUGAAGAACAUUGAGCUCUUCGAUAAGCUGUCCUUGAGGUUUAACGGGAGAGUGCUCUUUAUAAAAGACGUGAUUGGAGAUGAGAUCUGCUGCUGGUCUUUUUACGGGCAGGGACGGAAGAUUGCCGAAGUCUGUUGCACUUCCAUUGUUUAUGCUACUGAGAAAAAACAGACAAAGGUGGAGUUCCCAGAAGCCCGCAUUUACGAGGAGACACUGAACAUUCUGCUGUACGAGUCCCAGGACGGGAGGGGACCUGACAACGCGCUCUUGGAAGCCACAGGAGGGGCAGCUGGCCGCUCCCAUCACUUAGAUGAAGAUGAGGAGCGAGAGCGCAUUGAACGCGUGCGAAGAAUUCAUAUUAAACGUCCGGAUGACAGGGCCCAUCUGCAUCAGUGAGGCCAGCGACAGCCGCAGACUGCGCAGCUCUGCCUGGGAGGCGCUGCCCUUUGUCUGAUCGAUUAUCUGCAGCAGGGGACCAGGUGGUUUAACUUCUGUUCGGCAAAGUCUGUAAAUUACAUUGUGUAACAAACUAGAUUAUUUGGGGUAUUUAAAUGCAGUAGUUCUAGGACAAGAAUAAAUAAGGUUACUGGGCAUACGAUAGAUACGGUAAGGACCUAUUGAGCGUCUGGACAAAUGCCCUGAAUUUUCAGCGCUCGUCUUUGCUAUUUUGUGGCUAGAGAGGAAGAGGGCUGGCUUCCUUUGGCUUUAGUAAUUAUCCUGCACUUUAAAAACAAAACAAAACAAAAACAAGAAACAAAAGGUCAGCCAGCCAUCUACCUUCCCUCCAGGCACUCACUGACCCUGUCUCCUCCUAGGGGGGUUCAGGUGUGGGAGAAAUGCUGCUGCAGAGCUCCCUUUCUCCCAGGCCUGCAGGUGAUAGGGUUGGUAGCUCAGGGGUGCCUCGGCGUAACUCCCAGAAGGACAAAUGACACAAUUCCUGCAGUGCUGGGGGGCAGAGGGAGCCCUCUCAGAGUGGUGGGAGGGCGCAGGGGG